AUGGAGAUUAGGACACGACGAAGACGUCCGCACAUACCUGAGAUAAGAGUGGGAAAGAAGGAAGAAGAGGAGGAGCAACCGCUUAGCCCGGCUGCGCGUCUGUUUCACGCGCCGGAGUUUAACUGCAACAUCAUAUCGGUGGUUGGUUUGAAGAGCAAGAUCAAACCAGCUGUGAUUAUCGAAGGAAUAAAGCAAACUUUGAUUAGACAUCCUCGUUUCUCCUGCAAAUUGUUGAAGGUGGAAAGUGGUAACAACAAAAGACGAGAACAAAAAUGGGUUCAGACAAAGGUGGUGGCAGAGGAUCAUGUCGUCAUUCCCAAAAUCGAUAUGCAUAACAUAGGAAACGCAAACGCAGACGCUUUCCUAGAUAGCUACGUCUCUAACCUAACUACGAUCCCGUUAGACACUUCCAAACCAUUAUGGGAAGUUCACUUACUCGACUUAAGAACGUCAGACGCUGAAAACGUGGCCAUUUUGAAGAUCCAUCACUCUGUUGGCGAUGGUAUGUCUCUGAUGUCUCUAGUCCUUGCUUGUACACGUAAAACAUCGAAUCCCGAUGAGCUACCGAGUCUACCGAAUCAAAAAAGUUCGUUGUCUGGAUCAAGGAGUUAUUCCCGGUUAUUGUGGCUGGUUAUGGCUCUAUGGUCGGUGGUUAUGUUGGUUUUGAAUACUGUUUGUGAUGCUCUGGAGUUUAUUGCUACGGCAAUGUUCCUUAAGGACACUGAAACACCGAUCAAAGGCAAUUUCCGGUUAAGUACGAGUAAGCGGAUGUGUUGUGUUCAUCGUACCGUAAGUUUUGACGACCUAAAGCUAAUCAAGAACGCCAUGCAAAUGGUAACAAUUUUUCGUGAAUUUAUUUCUGGUGAACCACAAUUUUUACCUUAAAAUAAAUAAUAUAUAAGUUGCACAAGAGGUGUGACAUGAUAUAUGAUAUUCGAUUGAUUGUACCCCUUUUUGUAGACUGUCAACGAUGUUAUACUUGGAGUAUCUCAGGCUGGUCUCUCGCAAUAUUUGAAGAGAAGAUAUGGUAAAUAUUUAUGAAUUUCUGUUAACGUACAUAAAUUUUAAUAUCAACGCCAUAUAUGUAAGGAUUUAAAGAUUUUAAAAAUAUAGGAGAACAGGAAGAACCAAUGCCUAAAGGAAUAAGGCUAAGGGCAGCUCUUCUUGUAAACAUACGACCGGCUACUGGAAUCCAGGCAAAUUAACCUCAUUUAAUUUUUACAAAAAAAAAAACCUCAAUUAAUCACAAAAUAUAUAAAUUUCACAUGUUUAUUUAUUUUAUUUAAAACAAAAUUUUAUAAAAGAACAGGAUUUAGCUGACAUAAUGGCAAAGGGAUCAAAGUGUACAUGGGGAAAUUGGAUCGGCUACAUAAUCUUUCCGUUCUCUAUUUCACUCUGCGAUGACCCAUUGGAACAUCUCCGACGAGCCAAGUUCAUAAUCGACAGGAAGAAGAACUCGUUUGAAGCCCUGCUAACGUUCAUUGUUGGUAAUUUCAUUCUAAAAUCGUUUGGGGUUCAGGUACAUUCUUCAUUAUAUUUAGCUUAAAAUUAACAGUGUUCAGAUAUUACUGUUCCAUUAAAUCUAACCAAAAAACCAACGAAGAAUUGUUGAGUUGCUAACAGUUUAAGAUAACCUAGUAUGCGUCUAAUGGAUAAAAAGGUUAAAGUUUCAAUAGGGAAAUUGCUCUCCCAAAAGAUUAAUUUAACAUACCUACAGAUCCAGAAACUCCAUAUCUAUCUAUCUAUAUAUAAAUAUGUUGGUAUGUGUUCUGCUUUGCCACGUGGAAAAUCGUUCGCUGCAGAGGCGACACGUGUCCGUCACAACAUUAUUUGGGCUUCAGACUUAUAAAUUUUGGGCCUUAUACAACUCUAAUUUUUCAAGUCCGGUAACCCACAAAGUCCACCUCUGAACCA